GAGAUUUCCGCGAAAAGUCAAGUCAAAAGUAGCAAACGUUGCCUGACGACUCGACAAAAUUCUAUAAAUACAGGCGGCACAUUUUAACCGGCGAACAGUCGUUGCUAAGCCAGCGCAGCGUAAAGUCGCAAACUUAACCAAUAAGUUGAGUAGUGAACGCUAAGCCCCUUUUUUCCUUUGAGGAAGCGACUUCAUAUUCAUUCGUGUUUCUCAACGUCGGUUUACGAAAAGAAACCAUGUCUCUCGUACCACUGUUGUUCUCGAACUGGUGGCAAAACCUGGAGAGCCCGCACCAACUCCUAGACCAGGAUUUUGGCUUGGGUUUAGCAUCUAACCAGCUCGUCCGUCCCAACAUGUUGGAGCAGUACUAUCUGUUGCCCCACGAAGAAAGACGCUGCCCUGUUUCGAGGUACUACCGUCCGUGGGCCGAGCUUAUGCGACAGGCAGAAGGAGGCGGUAUUUCUACCGUUAGUGCUGAUAAGGGUGGUUUCAAGGCUCAAGUAGAUAUAAAGCACUUUGAUCCGAGUGAAGUCUCUGUGAAGGUUGUUGACAAUUUCAUUGUUGUCGAAGGAAAGCAUGAAGAAAAGAAAGAUCAACAUGGUUUGAUUUCUCGGCAGUUCGUUAGGAAGUACAUGGUUCCAGAACAGUGCGAUAUCAAUGGGGUCGCUUCCAGUCUCUCAUCAGAUGGAGUACUUACCAUAAGUGCUCCUCGCAAAGAACAACCAAAAUCAACCAAUGAAAAAGUCAUUCCAAUUGAAAAAACUGGAAAACCAGCCAUCCAGGAAUCUGGUAAGAAAAGCGAAGAAAAAUGUGAAAAGAAAGAGUGAUGACUUAAUAUUAUGUGAAAUCUUGAGAUUAUAAAUUUCUGUAUUAUCUUGAAAAUUAUAAAACAAAAUUUUUAUUAUACAUGAAAGUUUGAUUUUCAUAACGAAAUCAAUAAAAUGUUCGUUGAACGAUA